ACGUUCCCAUAAUGGGUGGCUUAUCACUGAUAAGCGUGGUUUUUCGAUCCGAUGGUCGGCUAUAUAAGUGGCCGUUCCACUAACCGAAAUCAUCAGUUCAUCUCAAUCGAAUCAAGAACAAAUAUGAAAUUCUUCUCCGUCGUCACCGUCUUCGUACUCGGUCUUCUGACUGUGGGCAACGCUGUUCCACUGUCGCCCGAUCAAACCCUGAUCAUCAACGGUGACUGCCCACGUUGCACCAUCAGCAAUGGCAAGUAGGAAGAUUCUUGCCCAUGGAUUGAGAAAACUUCAAACUGAAACACAAUAGUUGUAACCAUUUAUGCCAAACAAAUAAAUACAUGAAAAGAGAGGU